AUGGAACAUGAAAGGAUUUCUCUAAAACCAGAAUUACUGGCUGCGGGAAACAUACUUCUAGUGGACACGAUGGUCGUGAGGGCAGAGUGGCAGGACAAGUUUUCCCGACACAAGACACACAAACGUCAGUUCGCAUCCAUGGACCCCAACAGUACAGGUAUCAUGGUAGAUGCGAUGACAGGUGUAUUAACUGUUGGAUGGAAAAGGGACGAGGAGCUCAAGGUGGAUGUUGUGGAGAUUCCACUUAAAGGGGCUGAGCUAGGAUUCUACAUAGUUCUCCCACACGAGACACAAGGGGUGCUGGAUGUGGACAAACAAUUAUUGGCCAGUAGCCGAACCAUUGCCUACCUGGCCAGUGAGCUGGUGCCAACAGCUGUGCACUUGGAGAUACCCAAAUUCAGGUUACACCGAGUGCUCUACCUCAAGAAGAUUCUUCAGAACAUGGGUAUAGUCCUGGCCUUCAGUGCGGAGACGGCCGACUUCAGUAGCAUCAUCUCUUUGG